AAUUGUUGUACUCUAAUGUUCGUAUACUAUACUAUACACUGUGAAUGCUCUUUUGCAGUGCGCGAUGGCGACACUGUCAAGCACUAUCGCAUCAGGCAACUGGACGAGGGCGGCUUCUUCAUUGCCAGACGCACAACAUUCAGAACCCUGCAGGAGCUGGUCGAGCACUAUUCCAAGGACUCCGACGGCCUGUGCGUCAACCUCUGCAAGCCCUGUGUACAGAUCGAGAAACCUGUCACCGAGGGCCUAUCGCAUCGAACACGCGACCAGUGGGAGAUCGACAGAACGUCCCUCAAAUUUGUACGCAAACUGGGCUCCGGCCAGUUCGGCGACGUUUGGGAGGGACAGUGGAACAACACAACACCCGUGGCCAUUAAAACUCUGAAAUCGGGCACAAUGGACCCCAAGGACUUCUUAGCCGAAGCCCAGAUCAUGAAGAAGCUGCGCCACACGAAGCUCAUACAGCUGUACGCUGUCUGCACGGUGGAGGAGCCCAUCUACAUUAUCACGGAGUUGAUGAAGCACGGUUCACUGUUGGAAUAUCUGCAAGCCAUUGCAGGCAAAGGUCGUAGCCUCAAAAUGCAGACGCUCAUCGAUAUGGCCGCACAAAUAGCCGCUGGCAUGGCCUACCUGGAGUCCCAGAACUACAUCCACAGAGACUUGGCGGCGCGCAACGUUCUCGUUGGCGAUGGCAACAUUGUGAAGAUAGCCGACUUUGGUUUGGCCAGGCUCAUCAAGGAGGACGAGUACGUGGCGCGAGUUGGCGCCCGCUUCCCCAUUAAAUGGACGCAUACCAUAUCCGGGUAUGACCAAUGCGGAGGUGUUGACCCAAGUGGAGCACGGCUAUCGCAUGCCCCUGCCACCCAACUGCGAGCCGCGCCUGUACGAGAUCAUGCUCGAGUGCUGGCACAAGGAUCCCAUGCGCAGACCCACAUUCGAGACGCUCCAAUGGAAGCUCGAGGACUUUUACACCUCCGAUCAGAGCGACUGCAAGGAGGCGCAGGCUUACUGAUAAAUGCUACCUGCGACCACGGACGCGGACAGUAGCCGUGGCGAGGCGCAAGGAGGAGCUGGAGGAGCUGCCAAUGAUCGUCGGGCAUCCCACAACGGACAAUUCAUAUUAAGUUAAUUACUUCAGUUUUGCACACAUUUUCUAUUGCUGCUUCCUGCGACCAUGAAACAUGCGGGGCUCAUGGACAGGGCAGGGGCAUGUCUUGGUAACAACUCCAUACCAUACGAUUAAUGUUAUUAGCGUUUAAGCUAACAAAUA